AUGUUGAAGGCAGCCAUCCUGAUCGAAUGGUGCCGCAUGUUCGCUCCACGAGGCCACCGAUCCGAAGGUUACUUCUGGUGGGGUUGCGUGGUGGUCAUUGCCAUCCAGAUUAUGUCGGGUAUCGGCGUCGUGGUUGCCUUGAAUCUGCAGUGUAUUCCUCACCGGGCUAUUUGGGACAUUACCAUCCAGGCGACGAGCAAGUGCUUUGAUCUCUACAAACUGCAAGUGGGGUCCGCGAGUAUCCAGCUCAUCUCGGAUGUUGCCAUUCUGUUGUUACCGCAGCAGGUGAUCUGGUCCCUCAAGAUGACCUUGCAGAAGCGGAUGGGUGUGUCGAUUAUCUUUGGACUGGGUCUGCUGUAA